AUGACUCUGGGAUACUCCUCUGAAAUCAGAGGAGUUACUACUUUCCUAUCUCCUGCCAUUGGAGAUGGCUUGGCGGCACCUGACCUCUUGGACCCCAAAUCUGCCACUCAGAACUCCAAGCCACGGCUGUCAUUUUCUACCAAGCCCACUGUACUUGCUUCACGGGAGGAAAGUGAUACAACUAUUAAUGUGAUGAAAUGGAAGACAGUAUCAACCAUUUUUCUAGUGGUGGUUUUGUAUUUAAUUAUUGGAGCUACUGUAUUCAAAGCCCUGGAGCAGCCACAUGAAACCAGCCAGAGAACAACUAUUGUGAUCCAGAAGCAAAUGUUUGUGUCACAGCAUGCCUGUGUGAAUGACACCGAACUUGAAGAUCUAAUUCAGCAAGUUGUGGCAGCAAUAACUGCAGGAGUCAAUCCUAAAGGAAAUAUGCCAAGUCAAGUCAGUCACUGGGAUUUGGGAAGUUCCUUCUUCUUUGCGGGGACUGUUAUUACCACCAUAGCUCAAGUUGUUUGUAAUUUAGGAUUUGGGAACAUCUCACCACGUACAGAAGGUGGAAAAAUAUUCUGUAUCAUCUAUGCCUUACUGGGAAUCCCACUCUUUGGUUUUCUGUUGGCCGGAGUUGGAGAUCAACUAGGGACCAUAUUUGGGAAAGGGAUCGCCAGAGUAGAAGACACAUUUGUUAAAUGGAAUGUGAGUCAGACAAAGAUCCGCAUAAUAUCAACAAUAAUAUUCAUACUGUUUGGCUGUGUUCUGUUUGUUGCUCUUCCGGCAGUCAUUUUCAAGCACAUAGAAGGCUGGAAUACAUUAGAUGCAAUUUAUUUUGUAGUUAUUACCUUAACAACAAUUGGAUUUGGUGAUUAUGUUGCAGGUGGGAGAGUUCAGAGCUCAUGCAGCCGAAUGGACAGCCAAUGUUACCGCAGAGUUCAAAGAAACCCGGAGGCGCCUGAGUGUUGAGAUCUAUGACAAAUUCCAGCGGGCUACCUCCAUCAAAAGAAAGCUCUCUGCAGAAAUGGCAGUGAAUCACAGCCAAGACCUGACUCCUUGCAAAAGAACCUUGUCUGUCAACCACCUCACCAGCGAGAAAGAUAUCUUGCCUGCCAUCACAAAGACAGAUAGCAUUUAUAUGAAUGGCUUGACUCCUCACUGUGCAGCGGAAGAAAUUGCUGUGAUUGAGAACAUUAAGUAGCAGUGACUUUGAAGCCUGAUCUUUUAAUAAGAAGCCACCUAUGGUUUAGACUUACCUUGUAGGUCCGAUUAUUUUCCCUCUGUCCAUAACCGAUGCCAAUAGCAUUUUUAAAAAUUCAUAUGCAUGAGUUCCAACAGAAAUCUACCCACAAUAUGGAGUCAUCCUUAUAUUUCUUGAAAGACACAAGGUGAAUGGCACUUUGGUCAUUGACAAAUGCUGGACUAAGCAAUGUUCAAUGCCUUUUUUAAAAAAAAUAAUAUAUAUUGGUGCCCAGACUGGUUUUUGUUUUUUUUUUCUUCAUCUCUCCUGUUGCGCCAUAAGGCGUUAAGAAUGAAUAAUGCUGGUUUAGGUUAACAAUGUAGCUUUGAGAGAUCAGUCCUUAAACUUUUCAGGGUCUACCAUGCCAAGCCUAAGAAAGGACCAUACAUGGACUACAAUCUAUAUGUAAAUGGCAAGAAAAUCUUAUGCAGCCUUUUACCUAAGAAAUUUUUGUCAGUGCCUUAUCUUUUAAAGAAACAGAAUCUCUAUAUCUUUCAUAUGGGUUUUUGUUAGUUUGUUGGUUCUUGCAUGAGUACAAUAGCUCAUGUUUAUAUUUCCUCUUGCCCUCCUCCCCAACCAUGUUUUAAGGAUGUCUGAAGCCAAGGAUACCAGCGUUAAGAAAUAUGCCAAAUCAAGGACAUCAAAACGCCACUUCUAAUCUAGCUUUAAAGGCACUGCAAUUAUAAGGGUUGCAAAAGGUGUCCCCUAUAAUUUUUUUAAAAAAAACUCAGGGGCAGAUAAUACAUGUACACUCAAUUGAUAUGUAGAAUUUAUGGAUCCAUGUCAGGUCUCAUUAUUUAAACUCUACUCAACCUUUCGUACCCAUGCACCAUGUACCAAAAAUCUUCAGUUGUGUGUUAUUAAAUUAUCUGACAAGAGAUACAUCUUGGUGCAAUAGAUUCUUUUGCAUAUAAAGAAUGCAGACCAAUCCUGAAUCAGCAGCAGGUCAGCUACUAGUAAAUGCAGUGCUGCUGGCAGAAAAGCAUUCAUUCCCCACCCCCACCCCCUCUCCGUUUGUUUUAUCUGUGUCAUGUUAGAAGCUCACUUAGCACAGGGAUCGUGCCUGCUGGAUUGCUUUCCUUGAAUGUUACAUCCUACAUUUUUGCCCACAGCAGCUGGGAAUAAAAGUAGGAAUGCAAUUGAAACUGGCAUCACUGUGACUUUCAACACCAAGAAUAUACAGUAGAUGGUAUCUGAAGACAAAUGCAGACAUGGAAAUAGUUGAUUAAUAGCACAGAGUACAAGUAGAUGGUUCUUGGUUGGUUAUAAUAGGCUGAUUUUGCAGAUCUGAAACCAAUCCUUAGACUUUCUUUGAUUGUUUUAAAAGAAAACAACUUAAUUUUAUAGCUUCUUGUGUCUUCUGUUAAGUGUGUAUGAAAUCCAGAAGGAAUGCAGAAUUUAAAAUAAUGGAAUGGAAUGCAAUGGCUUGUCUUUUAAAUUGUUUUCAACAUUUUAUUCUGUUGCAACCUGGCUGUAUAUAAAUACCCCUUAAAAGAUUAAUAGGCAGCCUGAUCCUCAAAGCAUAACUAAGGUGCAGAGCUCCACUGAAAUCACAGGAGCUUACACUGACAGAGCUAUUGGAGGCCUUCACUCUUGGCUCUGAGUAUUUAAUACAAAAUGGGACUUCAAUUGGAAUAAAUAACAUAUCCGUAUCAUUUGAUUAUUAUUAAUAGCAGUAUAAACUAUGAAUGUUAAAUUUAUGAAUGCUUCGUUUAUUUCCUAACAAAUCUAAGUUAUAGGUGUAAAUAGCAAUCGGUGAAGAGUUAACAAGAGUGUACAUCUCAGAUCAGUAAAGUUCCAUUAAAUAUAUAUCAGGCCAAGCUCUUCAAAGAAAAAGGCCCCAUCACCACCAUUGCC